UAAUGCUACUGCCAGUUGUCAAAUACAAAUUAAAAAAACACAAAUACGUCAUAUAAUAUAGUGUGCUACUUUUUCGUAUUCACUAAAUUGUCCCCGGUUUAGUCACAAAACAUGUCUGGACGUGAAGGAGGCAAGAAGAAGCCAUUGAAGGCACCGAAAAAAUCAUCGAAAGAACUCGACGAUGAUGACUUAGCUCUAAAACAGAAACUAAAAGAGCAACAAAAAGCUUUAGAAGAAGCCAAGGCUAAAGCUUCACAGAAAGGCCCUCUUGUUAGUGGUGGAAUAAAGAAAUCAGGCAAAAAGUGACAAAAUAUAUUUCCAUUAAUGUAUAUUUAUUUUAUAGGUUAAAAUUAUGGUAUAAGAAUGCUGAAGAAUCUUUAAUUUUUGCUCUUUACUUUUUAGCAAUGCUAUAAUGCCGCUUAAAAAUAAAACAUAACUGCACUGCCACAGUAGUGCCUGUUACAAUUGUACAUUUUGCAUUUUAAAUUUUACAUUAUUAUGUAUAAUUAUUAUUAAAUAAAUGUGUCAAAGUUA